UGAAGGGAGGGGCUUUUGUGAUGGCCUUCUUCUUCUUCAUCGAGCUCGACAACUAAUGUACACAAUUUUCUUCCCUUCCGUUUUGUUCGUUCAUUGUCCGUCAUUUGGCUUCGCGGGGAGAUCACGAACUCUGGUGUACACUUGCCGCCAUCGCCACCAACUCCCGCCAUACCGUCCCAAGUCUAAACUCAAACCUUUCCCUUGUAUUCUCUUGGAAGGAGUGUCCGCAAAUACCCUACUCUGCUGCUCCCCUCCUCUGCAGUGUACUUCACGCCCUUCCGAAUUCUGAGUUGAAAGUGGAGUGUUAUUGUGUUGGAGUUCGUUUCAGGAGUCGUUAGAAGUCGUAUGAGUUCUCUGUGAGCCACCGGGGUGGAGAAGAAUUCGUGACCAGUAGAGAAUAUUAAGGCUGUAUUGGGAGUGCCUGAGUGUGUGUGUGUACAUUUUGUUUUGUUUUGUUUUGUUUUUUUUGAUUUUUUCCCACCUCACGAGCAUUGAGAGAAUUCGGGUGAGGAAGGUUGGUGGGAGGGAAUGAUUAAGUCGCGAGAGGUGUGGGAAGAAUGAGACCAGGCGUUGGGUGGGUUUUGUUUGGAAGGAGUGAGCGGUACGGGAAUUGUGUACAAUUGACUUGGGGGUGUGUCGAGCUAUUUAUGAUCGUGGGCGGUUGAUUCGUAUGGCGUGCAUAGAAUUUUCAACAAGUGUAUGUGAAUUCAGUGAGGGCUGAAGGGGGGGACGGGAGCGGUUUGAGCGCUGGAAAUGUUGUGGCUGGAGGUAGAGUGUGCGAGAGUGGUGGAACUUGGAGAAAUUUACAACGGUUAGGAUACGUGUUAGUGUACAGAAUCACUCAUGCCCUCAUUACCAGGACUUAUCAUGAGCUUCAAAGCCCAAAUUUAUGAGGAGUUGGGGUAGGUUCAUGAGACGUAUUGAACCGGUCCUCAGGAGGAGGGAAAAUGUACAGGGAUUGGAAUGUAUAGCUCUUUCAAAUUGGCAGUGGGUUAGUGAGUAUCAGCCUCGAUGAAUUCGCCACUCACAAAGCAGCCUCGGCAGAGUCCGAUACAGAGCCGGACUUUUGCAAAUAGAGAUAGAAUGCCCCCGCUUACACCAAACACACGAAGCGACGUGAAUACUGCUAGAGGAAGGGUGUCUCUCAAUUCGGAACCAAGCAUUACCGACAGUGAGAAGGAAAAUCGAGUGCACAGACCUGGGGGUAGCAUCAAGAGGUCUACGAACAGUUCAUCUUUAAUCAAAUAUGAAGUAUUGAAUGAGUCCACUCGGAGCGCAUCGCCAUCCAUUGGCACUGUGAAUCACCAUCAAUCGGAUGCCGAUACACGAGCCCAUUCAUCUUACAACCGGAAGGAUAAAUCCUUGGGACUUCUUUGUGAAAACUUCUUGAACUUAUACGGGACUGAAGAAGGAGAAUGUAUUAGUCUCGAUGAGGCUGCAAGCCGUCUAGGUGUUGAAAGGAGGCGUAUUUAUGACAUUGUGAAUGUCCUUGAAAGCAUAGAGGUUCUCAUUCGAAAAGCUAAGAACCGGUACACAUGGCAUGGGUCUACGAGGUUGCCUCAAGCUCUUCAAACCAUGAAGGAAGCGGCUUUACGCGUUUAUGGAUUGGGAGAGUUUGCCAAUACCUCUGCUGAUGAAAGUAGACCAACGAUUGUGGCGAGUAACUGUGCGUCUUCAGAUGAUGAGGACGAGGAACGGAAAACCUUGCCUUCACAAGAGUCAGAAGCAUGUGCCUCUGUCCAGUCUCAGCAAAGUUCAGCUCCUAAAGCGAAAGCAGAUUGUCGGCGGGAGAAGUCACUGGGGCUCCUAAGCCAGAAGUUUGUUCAGCUUUUCCUAGUCUCCCAGUCGCAAGUCGUCUCUCUUGAAGACGCAGCUCGGCUGCUGCUUGGCGAUUGCAAAGAUGCUUCCAAACUUAAGACUAAGGUGAGGCGAUUGUAUGAUAUUGCAAACAUCCUUUCAUCGUUGCAACUCAUUGAGAAGACACACAUGGCGGAGAACCGCAAACCUGCCUUUAGGUGGCUCGGCACAAAGGAUGACCUUGUUGGUCCAGCUACUCGUAUGAGGAUAUCAGGGAACUACGUCCAGAGCCCAACUGUGAACACUAUUCCUGCGUGCAGCUCUUUCUCGUUUGAUAGGACCAAACGAGGUCUCAAACGGGGUGGUACGGAUGCUCCCAGAGUGGAACCGAAUUCGGCUAAGAGAACAGCCCUGAAGCCACUGCAGCCUAGAGAUCCAAAUGUGAUGACUCCUUAUUCCAGAGAUAUUAUCAAUAAACCUGUGCCACUACAUCCACGCGCAUCUCAGGCUGAUUCUUCUGUAUCUGACCUCAAAAUUUUGAGCGUAGCACCUUCGCCACAUAAUGCGGCCGACUCUCCAACUGCACCAGCAACCACCGCAUUUUCAAGUCCAAUAAGAACAACUGUAGGUUGGAGGGAAUGGAAUGACGGCGUUCAAAUUCAUGCAACUCCCACCAUCACUCCGUGGUCCGCGCAGUGUUGUGAUCACGCUGGGUCCUCGAAUGCAGCUUGCCCUUCUAGCAACAGCACACUUACUUGCAGUCAAGGCGGAUGCACCCCAGUCAUUAGCCAGGCCCCAGGAAUGGGUUCUCCGGCAGUGAUGGCUGGGGGGGGUGUGAGAAACUGUCGCACUUGUCUAUCCCGGGUAUCGUAUGAUAAUCUCUACCCAUUCAGGCCUCCUGGUUCUUUAUUUAACCCUUUCCUCCCCUCUCCCCCUUUUCCAAUGCAUCCUCAGCUAGCUGCUGCUGGAUUCAGUCUUGCACCUCCAGGGCUAGCUCCAGAGCAAUCUCUUGGAUUGGAUUCAACCCGGGCGCAGGAUUGUUCAGUUCACAGGACAGACAAUGGAGUUGCAGCCGCCGCCGUCCUGCAGUACCAUAAUGAGACUCUAGGUCACAUGUUUGCACAAUACGUGGAGGCGUGGAAGUCGUGGUAUCUACAAGCUGCAUCGGUUGCUAAUCCUUCAAGUUUUCAAACUCCUCCUCCAGUCCGCCCUGGCACACCACAGAGCCCUUCAUAACAGGGACAGAGUUACGGGCUGGAAUUCUAAAUGGAUGUGGCGAGUACAGAAUGUGCAAAUCUGGUUGAAAGUCCUCAUAUGCGAAUUGAAGCUAUAGCAGAAUUUUUGACACUUGAUUGCCCAUUGCAGUCCUUGGAGAAUGUAGGCAGUGUAUUUGAAAAUUGAGAGGUGUUUCAAGAUAAAUCACCCAUUUUCGUGGUGAGCGCUGUAACAGAAAUGUCAUAAAACAUUCUUUCCUAUAUCCGUCCUUGUUUAAAAGAGUCGAGAUGUUCUCAGAUC